AUGAAAUUCUUAUCUGUUGCUACCCUUGUUACUAUUGCCUUAGCAGUCUUUGUUGAAGCAGAAAAUUUUGACGACAAACGUGAAGAUCUUAAAGAUGAUCAUGACGAUGAAGUGGAGAAUCUUUCGAAAGACUACUAUCCUAACAAAGUCUGUGAUAGGUAUUGUAACCAAGUUUAUUCUUACGGUAAAAAGUAUGAACAUAGCAAGAAUUGGAAAAAAUACCUCUGCUCGAGGGAUUUCCAUAGAGACCUUGAUAGAUGCAAGUACGGCUGUCGAAAGAACUAUUACCACAAUCAUUGGAGCAAAUAUAUCGAUCCUUACUACAAAAAGAACUGUGGAAGGUAUAUCUAA